AUGGCUCUGUUUGCCAAAGUGUGGGAGUCGGUGGGAUUUCUCCAGUCAAUCAACUCUGUGGUGCUGGGGCUGGUGGCUCAGAUCAAUGACUCGGCCACCGCUGAAGAGAUGGAGUUUGUCAGGAAGACCCUGGAAUCCAUUGAUCGCCAGCUGGCGGCGGGGAAGGGCUUGAUGAGGGAUUCUCAUGUCACCAGGUGUGAAGAUGACAUCACGGUGGUGUACCAGCAGCUAGCUACCGUCGUCCGGGCAGGGAAGUCGUACAAGGAGAAAGAGAAGGAGAUCUUCCUGCAAUACGUGAGCGACUACAAGAUCGACAGGCAGCUGAAUGCACUAUAUAAUCGUCUGCUCGGCGUCUCCAUUCUCGCGGACCAGGCCACCCUCCUCCAGCAGGUCAUCCAGGACCACCAUCCUCGUCGCUGGGAAAUGAUAGCCUUCUGCCAGCAAGUCAACUUUAUCCUGGCCACUGGCCUCCUCUGUCUUAUUGUCCAUGGGUCUCUAAAUGGACGGGACACUCAGCUGAUGAUGGGCAGAUGGACGGACAAGAUGACCGUUCUUUACAGGAGAAUGGAAGACACAUCUAGACACUGUGCCGCGUACUUCAAAGAGCAAGCCCAGGAGGACGUGGAGAAGUUCCUGCCUCUCAAUGAGACCUUAACCGACGUGGAGAAAGCGUCCAGCAUACUGAAGCUAAUGGAGAAGAAUUACGAUUGGUUGCGCUGGGCGGUGAUGGUCUCCCAGUCAUCAGUGGAUAAGGCAGGGGAUGUCCUGGUGAAGGGAAGCUACAUCUCGGUCAGGGGGGAGUGCGGAACACAGGUGGUUCUGAGUUAUAGUGAGAGCCCAGCCUCCCUGGACAAGAGCAAAAUAAACCAGCUCAUUGGGGAGCUAGAGUGGAAAAUCCCAAACCCUCCGCCGGAUGUUUAUGCCAACAUCGAGGCUGACCCGAGUUAUGCCAAGCGAUACCUGGCCCAACGCAUGCUCCAGAAGCUGUCUGAGGGCCUCAGCAAGGGAGUGUCCAUCCACACCGUUCCAGGGAAGCUGGAGAUGAGCGGAGACUUCCCACCAGCCUCAUUUGUCCUCUAUGAGUAUAAGCACCGGAUGGCAUCCGGCACCGUCUGUAUCUUUGGCUGAGGGAGUUUGGUAUA